GUCGCUCGCAGCGGGUGGAGGGUCGCUGGUGUCCGCGCGAUGCCUUCUCCCCCACCCUGCGCGUGGCAGCCCCGCGCGCAUCAGCUGGCAGGGUUGGGGGCGGGGGGCAGAACAAUGCUUCCCCUUCCAAGCCCGCGCGCUGGGGAGGCUGCCGGCGUUCCUUCCGCUCCUCUCUGGAAGGCUCCACCCUUGUGACAGGAGCCUUGGGGCUGAGUCGGAGGUGGGGGGAGGGAAACCCUUCGUAGGAGCGUCGGGUUUAAAAUGAAUCUCAAUCUGGGGUCCUCCAGAUGCAAUUCCUAAGGUUGAGCGGGCUGACUGGGCAUUAUGGGGAUUGUAGUAGAUUGCUGUGUAAGGCAACAUAUCGGGAGGGCACAAGGUUGGGACAUGAGUGUAUAUAUCAGUGGCCAAACAGGUUCCAGGGUAAAUGUUUAAUUCCCAUUAAAAAGGGUGGGUGAUUGUGUUGAGUGUAUUAAUAAGUUUGGGAGAGGUGUGCCAGUUGUUUUAUUAUUGUACAGUAAUUUGUCACUAAAAUUAUAGUGAAAGAGGGACUAUAAUACUCUGCUUAAUUUGUGAUGAAUUCUAUUGUCAUUUAUCUCAUUCAGCAACAAAUUUAUCUGCCCUUCAUCCCUGUUGGACCCCAGGUGGGCACUUCAGAUUUGGCAGUGGCACCAUUCUGAGAUACUGAUGGUGACUCUUCAGAAACAAAUCUGUGAAACAUUUUGUUUGAACCAAAGGAAUUGAUGAACCCUCCCAAAAAAUGGAGACCUUCAGGGACAAGACUGUAGAUGAAUUGAAAGAACUGCAGGAAAAUUCAGAAGAGAUUGAACGGUUGGCAUUGGAGUCGGAUGAGGUCCAAAAUGUACAGUUGCAAAGGGAGAUGGCUCUGGCCACAAAUCGUAGUCUUGCGGAGCAAAACCUGAAGUUCCAAGAACCCCUGGAAACAGGACGUGCAAACCUCUCUGACAGAUAUCAAGAUCUGCAGAAACUGAUAGAGCGAUGCGAGGAGCAGAAGUCAAAGCUGGAGCAAUUCUCAGCAGCAACAAAGCCUGAUACCCUGUUAAAUCUUCUGAAGGUGGAAGGACUCAAAAUUGAAGAAGAAUCUGAGAUGAUGGCUGAAAAGUUCCUGGAGGGGGAGGUGCCUUUGGAGACAUUUCUUGAGCAGUUUUCUACCAUGAGGAAGUUAUCUCAUCUACGACGUGUAAAAGUGGAAAAACUUCAAGAAGUGUUGCAAAAAUCUCAGUCCUUGCCAGAGCCAGCAGACAACCAGUCUCCUUCCCACAUAUCUUCUGGACCUAUAAAUCAGCAGCCACAGAAGCGUUCAGCUGGGGAACCAGCCUUUCCUUUACCUUAUGGUCUAUCUCCUUGUGUUCCAACAGGCCCUUCAGCUUAUGGGGCUCUACAGCCAGGCCCCUUUGGAGGAACACCAGUUGCAGUGGGACAUAGUGCCUCCUCUCAACCAAGUGCUCAGCCCCCAUUUCCAUAUAAACCACCCUCAGGUCCUGGAUACCCAUCUGUUCCUUCAAGUAAUCCAGUACCCCAGCCUCAGGCAGGGGAUCUGGCUUCAUCCGGGUACUCUUGGUCUCCAUCCAGAACAUCGUCUUCUGGUCCAGGGUAUCCACAGCCUUCUUUCAGGGCUCCAUCAGCAGCACCAGGAUUUCCUCAGCCUAUGCAGCCUCCCUAUUUUCCAUCAGGAGGAAGACCACAAUGUCCUUACCCAACUCAACCUGCAGCGGCUGGCUUCCCUGUUCCCUCCCAGCCUCCAUAUCCUCCAUCUUUUGGGUAUCCGCCACCACAUCUCCCCCCUCGGGGCCAUACUUAUUAGACCAGCUUUCCAGGCAGUAUUUUACAUGGUAGCUGAUGAAAUGAUGUCUUGUUAGCUAAUGAGCCCCAAGAUGAAAAUUGGGGAGGGUCAUCCUGAGAAACAUAUACAUAAGCAUUACGCUGAUGUAAUAAAUGAUGGAAUAAUACUGUUAAGAGCUGCAAAGGAAGGUCGUCGCUUAUGGUUCUGUUUGUAAGUUAUAGUGAUGGUAGGCAGCCUUAAUGGAAUCAGUAUUGACCAAACAUUCAGUUCAAGCCAUAGUAUACAGUACAUACAAAGACCCAGAGCUCUUAUCAUGGCACUGUGCUUGCUAAGCUCUUUAAGGAAGACUUAAUUGACAGCAACCUGGAUCUGGUUUUGUGUAGGGGAGUGUGUGUGCGUAUGUGUGUAGUUUUCUAAUUUAGUAUAUUAGAAUAUAUUAAAAAGUUCUAUAUACCUAUAUUCUUACAAAGAAUCUGAUGGAGAAAUCAGUUAAGCCUUUCUAAUGUAGAACAUGCUUUCUAAAGAAGUCUAAAGUUUCUCUUGGCAUUAGGAAGUACCUCCUUGACAAUAAUAGUAUGUUUGCUAACUCCACAAAGAAAGAAAGAAAAAAAGAAAAAGAAAGAAAGAAAGAAGAA